AUGGUCUCAUCAUCUGUUAGUGUUGCUGAGGUAGUUUAUAAUCCUCGAGCAAGAAAAUUUUCCAAUGUUCCAUGGCUUGCAGCUCCUCAUUUUCAAGCUUUAUCAAAACGUGGUCGAUUCGUUUUCCGUGAAACAUCAAAUGAAAAUUUACAUGAUACAAAAAAUGAUGAUGUCGACAAUUCUGAUCCUCAUGUUGAUAAGCGCAAUUGGCGAUUAUAA